CGUCUCUACUACAUCGCAUGCGUGUGCAGCGCAUUUGAGGGCGAAGUAGCCCUUGACUUCCUCCGCUUAUCCCGAACGUAACUCGAACCCAAAGGCAGUCCCCACGCGGAGACGAGAAAGCGAUGGCAUACCUCUUCUACUCCAUCGUAUUCAUCUUCCUGAUAGCAGCAACCGUCCUCUACGCAACUCGCGCCCACUGGCGCGCCCACGCCCCUCCAAUCCCCUACCUCACAGCCCCCGGCCCCAUCCCCGAAACCCUCUAUAACAUCUCCGACUACCUCAGCCGCCGCCUCGACUCCCUCCGCUACUCCCGCCUCCCACAAUCCAUGGGCUUCGCCGACGACGCCGAAGCGGGCCUACACAGCACGAACUUCAGCUUGGCGGACAAUAUCGAGGCCGAGGAUAGCAGGCGCGGACUCGAUGAGGAGAGCAGGCAGGAGGUCUACCGCAUUAUGAAGCGGAGGAAUGUAGGAUUUGACGAGGCGAGACGGUUGUUUAUUCAGGACAAGUUUGGGCGGGAAGGAAUUGCGGCUGAUGGAAGACCGCUGGAUCGUAAGGCUGUGAUGUUUGAUCGGUAAAGCGAUGGGUAGCUUUGUGAGCACGCUGGAGUCUGGCUUGGUUCUUGUAUCGAUUUAGCGCGAGCAUGUCUACCUUUUCGUGCAUGACGUCUCCCUAAUUUGAAAGGUGUGUCGAUCCAACGAGUAUCCUAAGCUGUUUUCGAACCAAGCAAGGAGC